AUGAUCUCUUGGAAUCAGCCGUUUGAUGUUAACAACAAUGACAAUGCGAAAACAAAAGCGAAUAAAGAUAACCUUAUUCAUCCAAGUGUAAAUUCAAUAAAUACUACUGUACAAAAUUUCAGUUGUUUCACUUCAGCAUUUAUUCAUCCUAAUGACAAUAUGCGAUAUUUACUAGCUGGUACUAUCCAUGGACAAUUAUUAGCUUGGUGUAUCAAAUCAGAUUCAUUCAAGUUGAAUAUUGUCGACCAACAAGAAAAACAAAUGUUAUUAAAUGAUUCAAUAGUGAAAAGUGUUCCUAUUACGCCUCCAACAACAUUUAGUGAUCUACAUGAUGUAUGGAAAAAGCAUACAUUACCUAAUAUAGCCAUGUUUCUGACGAGUUCUUUUGCAGACUCAAAAUAUCAUUCAAAUUUAAUUAACCCCAUUCGUUCAUCACUGGACGAUUCACCGACAAGUUCCACAGUAGCCAAUCAAAUAUUAUGUAGUGGUAAUACUAAUACUAACAAUAAUCAUAAUGUAAGCGUAACAGUGUGUAUACAAAUUAAUCAAAUGCUCUCUUAUCAACAACCUAUUCAAAGUUCAUCGCCUACAAUUCAUCCAUAUCGUUUAGCUUUUGGUUUAUCCAAUGGGUGCAUUAUCAUUGUUCGUAUGGCAGAUUUUUUAAAAACAAUCUAUUGGCACCAACAUGAUGAUGCCGACAACUCAAAUGAACAAUUAUCAAUGGAACAUCAUAAUCGAUUGUCCAAAUUUUGUUUAAGCGGUCAUAUUGGCCCUGUGACAAGUUUAUUACAUCCGGCUAGUUGUGAAAGGCAAUUAUAUCCAUCAACAUCACCAUCAUCAAAUGAUUCGAUUUCAGUGAAUUACACUAAUAAUGGAGAUAAUAUAACUACUACUACUAACAAUAAUAUCAGUAGUACAAUUACAGAUUAUCAAUUCAAUCCAGAUUAUUUAUUAUCUGGUGGAAUGGAUUUUACUGUUCGCCUAUGGGAUCUAAAUCCAUGGCACGAAUCUCCUGAUAAUAGUAAUAUUAGUAGUAGCAGUAGAAAAUCUUUAGGCAAUAAUUAUCAAAAAUCAUUGUGUUUAGCUACAUUCCGAUGUCAUGCUUCACCUUGUAUUGGUCUAACUAUAUGUCCCCCUAUUUCAUCUGUCAUCAAUAUGGUUGCUGGGAAUCCGAGACUUUCGGCAUCUAUAUGUUCAUUCGGUGCAGAUGGUUCGGUUUGGUUAAUUAAUUUAAAAGAAAAACGUCCUUUUCUUUACGCUCGUAAUACAAGUGAUUUAUCUUCAUGUCCAGUUGUAGCUAUUGGUUGGAGAUUAGCUGAAGAUCUUUUGUUUAUUGAUUAUUUAGAUGGUACAGUGACAGUAUGGGAUAUAAGUAUGGGCUGCUUAGAACGUGUUGAAACGGAACAAUCCGCUAGAGAUUUAUUCGAACAAGCUCAAUUCAUCACGGAAGUCUAUCAUCCAUCAACAUAUUUAGGCUUUACAUUUUCCACUUUACCAUCCAUAACAAUGUCAUCUUAUAAAUCAAGAUCAUUAACUGGUGUACCGAAUCAAUACCCAAUUUAUACAUCAUUAGCUAUACCAUUCUGUGGUGGUGUGAAUUCAACUUCUUCAUCUGGUACCGUGCAUUUUACUGCACCUAGUCGAUUAAAGUACACUACAGUGGAUGAUUUACAAAAACUGUGCACAAAUAGUUUACCACCUGUACAAUUGCAUUUAAUUGGUGCUACAACAGCAAGUAAUCAGCAUACAACGAUGAUAAAUGCUGAAAAUCAAUCAACAUGGAAUUCCGGUCCAGCUGCAUUUAUUUUUCAUUGGGAUAUUCAGUCACUUAUUGUUGAUAUUUUAUCACAGAAUUGUGAAGUUUCAAAGGAUAUUAAUAACUUGACAACGGCCACAGAAACAACAUCAAACGCAUCAUCAUUAUCAUCAUCGACAUCGUUCUAUCGUGAUGACAUGUUCACAAUGGAUGUAACACAAGCAACUUUUCUACAAAUUAUUAUUUCAUUAAUUCAUCCAUGGGGCAUAGAUUUGUCAAUUGAUAAAAUUAUUGAACAAUUUUGUUUUAAUCAUCAUCAUCAUCAUCAUCAUCAUCAUACAUCGAUUGAUAAGAAUAAAAUUAAAACAAUGCUAAUAAAUAAUCAUCAACAACAAUCAUUAUGUAUACAUGAAUCAACAUUGUGCAUUGGUCUAAUAUCUAAAUGUGGUUGUAUGAGUUUAAGUAUGCCUGGUUUUUGUACAAAGUCAACUAUUGUAUCAAAAUCCGCUCCCAUUCAACAUAUACCACAUCCAUAUUGUCUUUCUUCUAUUAUUUCAACAAAUUUAAUUCUAUCCGGAGUUAGUUUAACUGAAUUAAUGACAUCAUUAAAUUUGAAUUAUCUUUUACGAUUAUCUCAUACAAUCUAUGGUAGCAUGACAGCAAUGUCAACAUCAUCAUCAUCAUCAUCAAAAUUUUUAUUAAAUAAUAAUAAUAAUAAUAAUAAUAAUAAUACAAUAAUUAUGAAUAAUUGGCGUAUGAAUUGGUUACAAUUCGGUGCAUUUCUAUUGGAACGUUUUAUUGGUUUAAUUUUGUCUGGCAAUAAUAGAUCAGUUAGUGAUGAAAAUAAACUACAAACAAUACCUCCAUCAAUUGAAUUGAAUUUAUUUGCCCGUAAAUGGCAAGAUCGUUGUUUACCAAUUCGUUAUGCUGCUCGAACAUUACUAUUAUCAUGCUUAGAUCAAUUAUCAUUGAAUGAUCGAAAAUUACUGGUCACUUAUUGGUCAAGUUUAUUGCCACCAUUUGCUCUUACUAAUCAAGGACAACCACAAACACAACAACCACAGCCUCAAUUAAUUCAUCAACAAAAUUCAUUAGAUUCUGUAAAUUAUAUCGGUUAUCAUAUCAUAGAUAUUUUAGCUAAUCAUCAUAUCGAUAACAAAAUUGUACGUAAGCAAAGUUUGCCAUCAAUGAAUGGUCUAGAGAAAACUGCAAAAUUCAAUGAAUUAAAGAGUUUAUCUGGUAAAGAUGUAUUUGUACAAGUGAAUGAUACUACUACUACUACUACUACUACUACUACUACUACUACUACUAAUGAUAAAGUUAACCAACAAUUUUUAUCAGAUAAACAACAAUCUACACCAAGUAAACAACCUGUAUCGACAAAUUCAUUACCAAAUCUAACUGAAUCUGUCAGUAUGUCCAGUUUAACAUCAAAUCUUAAUAUGUCUAUGGUAUUGGAUAGUUCAUGGUGGAUGACAUUGAAUGGUUAUCGUAUAUCGCCUAGAGAGCAUGCACGACUUCAGGCUAUAGCCAUUGUUCUAAUGGGUAUAAUUGGUGUACGUUUUGGUUCUUCUACUAAACGACGUCAUCCAGCUGUUGUUGCACGUGAUUUGAUUUCUGAACCUUUAGUUAUGACUUCAAAUAGAACAUAUGAAGUAAUGAAUCAUUGGAAUUGUGGUUUAGCAUCACCAUGUUUUGCCGCACCUGAUGACGAUGAUGAUGAUGAUGAUAAUUGUAAGGUGAAGUCAGAAAUGACGACAAUAGCAGUAAAACAAAUUCCAUUGAAUCGAUCAGAAGAAAUUCCGUUCUCCGUAAAAACGUUCUCUCAAUACACACCUAAUCAAUCUUCUGAGAUACAAGAUGGUUUUGGAUUGGAUAAUCAUUAUCUUGCCAGAUCCACUUGCCAGUGUUUAUCUGCCUUAUUGUUUAAUGGAGGCUAUCCAGUUUUAUUGCCUACUGACACUUAUCAACCUGAAAUUGAUUGGAGUAAAUAUCAUGAUCAAACUGUUAACAGUAAUUCCGAAGUAUUACCUGUAUAUGCAGCUAAUGCUUUAAUGACAUUAUUAACAUCAAAUGUGAACAGUACACUGAGACGAGCUGCAAUUGAUCUCUUAGGUCGUGGUUUUCCUGUCUGGGAACCGUUUGUUGAUGUUGGGCAAAUGAUUAACGUUUUAUUAUUGUUAGCUUCCGGUGCUGAAGUGUUAUUAUCAAGCAAUACAUCUUGUCAACUUAUCUCAGAUCGUGUUGAUUUAGCACGUACAGCACGUGAAGCUUUAUGGGCUAUUGGAUUUACACGACCAAAAUUGAUUACUUUAGCUUUAUCAUUGGAAGUUCGCAGAUUUGGUGCACAAAUUAAUGCAGCUGCUUCAGCUAUAACAUCUAAUAAUACUGGUCGAUCAUCCAUUCCAACAUCAUCAUCUACAUUGAAUUCAGCACAUAUUCAAUCAUCAUGGAGUUUGACAAAAUCACUUUCAAAAGAUUCUGAUAAUCAUCAUCUAGUCAGUGUGUCACGUCAUGAAUCAAUAAUCGUUGGUAAUGAAUUCCAGUCUGUUUCUAACACCUCUUCACCAAAUAUGAUAGUUAUGAUGACUAAUCCAAUUGUAGCUACACCUGUUUUUAAUUCUACUAUUAGUGGUGGUGGUGGUGGUAAUACAGGAACAAAUUUCAAUCGAUCUGCUACCAGUGGAUAUUCAAAUGCAGACUCUUCAACACUAUUCGAUCAGCAAUGUCCACCAAUGUUUAAAGCUCGUGAUGAAGUAUUACGUUUAUUUGAACAACUUUGUAUUAGACGAUCAAAUGAUAUUAAAGAUGUAUUACCGGAAGUUGUUGAAGUAAUUAUAGCUUGUUCAGAUCGUACACGUUUAAAAGAACGUGGAUUAGAUUAUGUAUUUCCUGCACUUACACCUUAUCAUGCAUAUUCAAGUCAUACACGUUUACAGAAAGCAUGUACAGGCGGUGUUAAUGGUUCGUUAACAUUUUAUGAUUUUAAAAUUGGACGAUAUUUUGUAACAAUGGGACAUAAAGGUCCUGUUACUGCUGUUUGCUUUAAUUCUGAUGGUCGACAAGUGGCAACUUAUUCACUAACUGAAAGUACACUAAGGAUAUGGCAGCUACAUACAACUGGAUUUUUUGGUAUGGGUGGACAACAAGUUAAACCGUUAUCUAUUCAUCCUGUCCCACCAUUAAUUCCACCACCAUCUUCUACACCAAAACAAUCUUCAACAUCAUCAUCAUCGUUAUCUAAUGAACUUUUUAAUAAGAAGAAAAAGAAGAAUGAGAAUGAGAAUAUAAAUAAUAGUCAAACUUCGCUAUCAGAUCGUUUAGAAGUAUGGAUUGAUUGGUCAGAAUCUCGUGUAUUGCAUUUGAUUACAAAUAUUGGUAUUAAACGACGUAUUGCAUUAUGAAUUUGUUUAUUUCUCAUAUGAGAAAUCAAUAAAACAAAUAAUUGUUUAUUUAUCUGUUUCAUUGAUUCGUUUGUUUGUUUGUUUGUUUUUUUCAUUCAUCUCGUUUUAAUUCUAUUUUGUCUCAAUAUGGUUAUCAUCCAUUGUUAUUAUGACUGUUAAUGCUUUUAACAGAAAAAUGAAAAUAAAUAGAUAAACCAGAGAAUAUGACAAAUGUACACACAAUACUAGUAAAACUUUUACAUUCCUUGUAAUCAGUUUAAAAAAUUAGAAAUAGAAAGAGUCUUUUGUUGAUUUUUUGUCAUUGUUAUUAUUUUUUUUUUCUUGUGAAUUAUUAUCAACUUCACAUUCCACUUAUUCCUAUUUACAAUUAUUAUUGUGAUCAAUUUAUAUUCUUGUUGAAUGGAAAAGAUGUAAAAUUAUCUGAAUUUAAAAUGAUUCAAUGUGUCAUAGAAAUUGUUCUGUUGAUGUUUCUCAAUAUCUUUCAAUCAUUAUUACUUACGCUUUUUCGAUGAGCAUUAAUUCCUAUAUCCACAUCCUAGAGGUAGUUAACUCGCCACCCAUUUUUAUGUUAGACCUUUUAUACUAUUCACAAAGUUAUUAGUAGUAGCUUAUCUGUAAACCAUAAAUUAACAAUGGGGAUUUUGCGUAUUAUUUACUUAUUGACAUAUCUUCAUGAUUAAAACUUGUGUUGAGUUGAAAUUGUCCAUUCUACUUCAUCUUUUUUUUUUAUAGUUUCUAAAAAAAAUUUUGAUGUUGGUAAUAAUGUUAACGGUAGGAAUGGUGGUAUUAGAUGCUAAAUCGUUUUUCAUAUUUAUAUUUGAACUUUUCCUGUGAUUAUUAUACAUGUUUUCACUAUUCAACUUACAUUUUACACUUAUGUUAUCAAAAAAUAUGCAGUAAUAACAGUUCUGUGAUGAAUUCACGUUCUUUAUUUGUUCUAUUCAAGUUAAUUACUUCUUGGUCUUGUCUUUUUCCUGUGCUCAUUUCUUGCUCUCUCUAUUUCUCUCCAUUCCUUAAUGUCACUUCUAAAUGGAAUUUGUGUAUACAAAAAUUGGGAGAAACAUUUAUAUUUAUCCCAUAUCUCAUUUGUGUUUUUUUCUUUUAUUUAUAUAUAUAUAUAUAUCAUGUUUUUUUUUAUUUACUAAUUUCUGACAAUGAAAAUACUCACUGUUUGUUUUGUUAGUUUUUCUUCUCCUUAAUUUAGUUCUCUGACUCUCCUCUGUGUGUAGUUUUUCUUCCAGAUUGAAUUAAUCAUGAUUUUGUGUAUUUCAGGAAAAAUAUAUCUUUAGAUAUUAACGAAACAGACUUACAAAAUUAUUUAUUUAUUAAUCAAUUAAUUAAUGCUUUUUUCUUUCAUUUUUUUUUCAUUGAAAAAAUAUACACAAAAACUCUAUAAAAGUGUUUUUAUAUUUCUCUAUGGCAUCAAUCUUUCUAACGUUACUAAUAAAUAUGAAUUAUUUGUUGUC